ACCAUCAGGCCAGGUGAAUGACUUGAAGGUUGACGGGAAUGAGACUUCAGGGUGAGGCAUAUAAGGUGAAGGCAGACUGGAGAGAGGCACAGCAGAACUGAACAAGUCCAGGCAACAGCAUCAACAGCUGAGGAGUGUCAAAAUGUCAAGGUCAAUGGUAUUCUUAGUGUUGUCUGCACUGAUAACUUAUGUCACAGCUCAAAGUCAGCCGUGUAGCGGCAAAUACUGUAUCGAGGGUCAAGCUCAGUGUAUCAAUGACAGCUGUGUCUGCAACAACCCACCCUACACCCACGGAGACGGCUACUUCAACUGUUACAGGAAAAGCCAAAUUGCUGCUGAAAUUCUGAACGAUCCAGUCCUGAACACUUUUGGCAACGAGUCGGACUCCUUGACUGUUCCUUGUCGUAUCUUGGUAGUGAACACGAAACUAGAGUUAAAACGUUACGUUGGCAAGCCCACCAACAUUGGAUUCUGUUAUGUUCAGGUACACAGUUUCCAGUCAAGGUCCCGUGGUAAAUUUUAUGUGUCUGGUUAUGAAGUUGCCAUCAAACUUGAAUACUCUUAUGGUACUGUAAAGAAUGUAUCCUCCAUUGUCUUUGGACCCCAAGGGGGGGUCCAAGAGAACGGUACUGACAACGCCUUCCUGCCUGAUGGACCCUACGCCAAUGACAACGUGGACUACAAUGACACUGCCAACAACGUUCGCAUCACACGUUACUACGACAGCAACAACGACCAGUACGUUUUUGAGGCGGACGCCUGCGGUAUUAGAGCCACAUUGGUACCAUACGACACAGUUUCAGGACUAGACAGAGUUAGAGUUCCAGGAGUCUCUGUGGCUAUCAACUGCAUACAUCAUCCCAAGUAUUUUGACAUCGCCAAUAGUGUCGGAAUCAUUCCCAAAAGCUCUGGAGGUUACACCCUACAAGACAUACAGAGCUUUUAUCCAGGCACCACUGUAGAGCAAGCUUUGUCAGUCUUUGCUUUCACGAGAAACACAACGCAAACACAGCCUUACGUUAGCACUGAAUGCCCACUGGUCAAAUCCUCUCUGCUAAGCUGUGACAGCACCAACCUGCCAGUGGCCGUGAAUAAAUGCGAUUUUAUUUUCAAGUCUCCCAAGUUCGUGGACUGCAUCUCAGGCGCUGGCUCUUCUACAUCGGUUCCACUUCAGCUGUACAGGGCGUGUGUUGAUAAUUACUGCGGUGCAAGUAACCAGUGCGCCACCAUCCAGGGCAUCGUAGGAACAUGCACUGUGAACACAGGUCCUCAGCUAACCACCCUGCUCGCCGAAGCUUGCGCUCCUUAAAAUAAAAUGUCAAAGGGACGCUAUCGACGACAAAUGACCAUUCAAAUAAGUCAGAUGGAGUACUUACCCUUGUAUUGUCUUGUCGUUGUUUUUGUUGCAUAAGUUAGAUAAUAAAUAAAAUGUUUAUUGUA